AUGGUCAACAUGGUUGGAGAUAACGACACGUCUGGGUCCGAGUUCAUUCUCCUGGGCUUCACCAGGUGGGAAGAGCUGCAGGUGACAUGCUUUGUCUUCUUCUUUGCCAUCUACUUGGUCACUCUGGCAGGGAAUCUGGGAGUAAUUAUGUUAAUCAGGAUCGAUUCGUGCCUGCACACCCCCAUGUACUUCUUCCUGAGCCACUUGUCUCUCCUGGACAUCUGCUACUCCUCCACCAUCAUCCCUCAAGCCUUGCUGAACUUCUGGCUGGAGAAGCAGGUCGUUUCCUUCUCUGGGUGUGUCGCUCAGCUCUUCUCCUUUGCCACUUGUGCCACCACUGAGUGCUACGUGCUGGCUGCCAUGGCCUACGACCGCUACGUGGCCAUCUGCCACCCCCUGCUCUACUCCCUGGCCAUGUCCCAGAGGCUUUGCCUUGGGCUGGUGGCUGGUGCCUACUCGGCUGGUGUCAUCAGCUCCACCAUCCACUCCGUUGCCAUAUUUCGCCUCCCGUUCUGCGGCUCCAGGAGGAUCAACCACUUCUUCUGUGAUGGACCACCGCUGCUGGCCCUCUCCUGCUCCGACACCCGUGCCAGCGAGCGGGCGGUUUCCGCCGUGGUGGGGUUCAACGUGCUGGCCACCACGGUCUUCAUCCUCAUCUCCUACCUCUCAGUCCUCUCCACCGUCCUGCGGACGCGCUCCGCCGCUGGCUUGCACAAAGCCUUCUCCACUUGUGCCUCUCACUUUGUCUCCAUCACCUUGUACUCCAGCAGUGCCCUCUUCAUGUACCUGCGCCCCGGCUCCAGGCACUCCUUGGAGCACGACAAGGUGGUGUCCACUCUCUACUCCGUGGCAGUCCCCAUGCUGAACCCCCUCAUCUACAGCCUAAGAAACACGGACAUGAAGAAGGCCAUGAGGAAAGCAAAAGGUAGAGUGCUCUCCUCCUUCUCCACCCACGGCUCCUGGCCAGCUGAAAGGAGAGGGCCAUCCUUCCACGGCAGGAUGGACGUGGAAAACCUCACUGCCCUGCCCGGCUUCAUCCUCUUGGGCUUCUCCGACUCCCCGCGGCUCCAAGCCACCCUCUUCCCCGCCUUCCUCUCCCUCUACCUCCUCACGGCGCUGGGGAACCUGGCCAUGAUCCUGCUGGUCCGGGCCGAGCCCCAGCUCCACACCCCCAUCAGGGACGGGGCCAAGCUGGUUGCAGCCUGCUACAUCGUCCUGACCCCCGCUCUCAACCCCCUCAUCUACAGCCUGAGGAACAAGGAGGUGAAGAGGGCCCUGAGGAAGGUCUGGGUCCAUGCUCUGCGUGGCAAAUUCACCCAGUUCUCACUCUUCCGCAUCUCAUCGCAUGGCUGA